UAGGAGGGCGGCAGAGGCGGGCUCGAUGCAGCGAUUGGCCGUGCUGUGCCCUUAAAGUCCGUCGCGGGGCGGGGCCUGUGGGGGGCAGUGCGGGACGUGGCGGCGGAGCGGAGGGCGGGAGGGAGCGGCGCCAUGACCCGCGGGAACCAGCGCGAACUGGCGCGGCAGAAGAACCUGAAGAAGCAGAGCGACUCGGGCAAGGGCAAGCGGCGGGACGAUGGGCUCUCGGCCGCCGCCCGCAAGCAGAGGGACUCGGAGAUCAUGCAGCAGAAGCAGAAGAAGGCUAAUGAGAAGAAGGAGGGCGCCAAGUAGCCCGCGGCUGGGCCGCCGCCGCCCCGGGACCGGGCCGCCCGCCGGCAGGAUGCCCAGCGCAGCCCCGGGGCCGGACCGCCCCGCCGGGGACCCGGCAGCGCCCUGCGCCGGCCUCGGGUCCGUCUCCUAUUAAAGUAGCUUGUGGUGCGCUGCA